AUGUCGUACAAGGACAUGGGACGCGCGGGACCGCUGGAGAUUCGAACGCGAGGCCCGCCGUUCGGUGGACUCCCGCAAGCGCAGGCGGGGAUGAAGCGAUCGGACUCGAUCGGGACGAUUGAAAAGUACUGGGACGACGACGCGGAGUGGUACGAAUUUCACCCGAACGCGCUCGCGCGAGAGGGUGACGGGAAGUUCAAGGAGCUGGCGGUUGGGAAGUUGUUGACGGUGUUUUUGGACUACGAUGGGACGCUGACGCCGAUCGUGGACGAGCCUGAUAAGGCGUUCAUGGACGACGAGGUGCGGGAGGCGGUGCGGCAGUGCGCGCGAAGAUUCCCGACGGCGAUCAUCAGUGGACGGUCGAGACACAAGGUGUCGCAGUUCGUACAAUUAGAAGAACUGUAUUACGCCGGAUCACACGGUUUGGACAUCGCGGGACCGACGCGGACGAGCGACGGGACGCCGAUUACGGCGACCGCGUUGGCGCAUCAGCCGGCGCAGUGGGCGCGAGACGUCAUGGACCGCGUCACGAACGAUUUGAUCGAAAAGACGAGAGAUAUUCCGGGUGCAAACAUCGAACACAACAUGUUUUGCGUCUCUGCGCACUACAGAGGCGUGAGCGACGCAGAUCGACCGAGAUUCCAGAAGAUUGUGGACGAAAUCGUCGCCUCGGAUGAGUGUUUGAUCAAGCACGACGGGAAAAUGGUGUGGGAGGUGCGACCGCGCGUGGCGUGGGACAAGGGUAAAGCGUUGUCCUAUCUUCGUGACGCGCUGAUCCCAGAUUUAGCGAAGAAAGGAUUUGGAUCGGAGGAGGUGUUCACGGUUUACGUCGGCGACGACGUCACGGACGAGGACGCGUUCAUGGAGAUCAACGAAAAGUUGGGCGAUCACCUCGGCGUGGGCGUUCUCGUCUCGCACGCGCCCAAGGUGAGCGCGGCGAAAUUUAGUCUCCGAAACACUCCGGAGGUGCUUCAAUUCCUCACAACGUUGAGCAAGCUCGCCGACGCGGGUGAAGUGAAGACGCUACCGCGUUGA